ACGAUAAAAUGGCAGCUGCAGCUGUUGCAUCUAAUGUUGAGGAAAAUCUACGCAUAUUAGCACAAACAAAGCGAAUUCGUGUUAAUGAGUUCUUCCAGGACUAUGAUAAACUGAGGUCUGGAUUUGUCACAGGUUUGGUUCAUCUUCUUGAAAAUAAAUUUAAUAAUUUUUCAUUUUAAAAGGCCAGCAAACAAAGUCUGUAAAAAUUAACUUAAACUUAAGUGUUAUUAAUCUUUUACAUUUUUAUUAUUUAAUAUACAAUCAUUUUUAAAUAAUAGUUUACUGAUGUAUUUCAAUUUCAAAAGAUGAUACACUUUUUAUUUCAGCUCCCCAGUUUUUUCGUUGCUUGUGGCAAACUCUUUCAGUGAAACUAAGUGAGGAAGAAGAGAGGGCCCUUUGUAUGAAAUAUGGAUUAAUGCAAGAUGGAAAGAUCAAUUACAAAAAAUUCUGUCAAGCUAUUGAGCUUAGUUUUGAUCCAAGCAAUAUCUAUCAAUCACCAGAUGUUCAGGAAAGAGUACCCUUGGAAUAGUAAGUGUGUUACACAAAUAAUCUGAUUUGUAUGCAUGUAAUACAAUUUUAAAGCAAGUUUAAUUGUCCUUCAUUAUAAAAUAAUAAUUAGAAAUAAUUAUUAAAUUCUGUAUCCAACAGGCAAUGUAAAAAUAAAAGUGAAAAAAAUUGUUUUAGGAAAAAAUAGCUGGUAAUAUGAAUUUCUAGGCUCAUGUGUAUUGUUUGAGAGAAAAUUAGUAUCUUAUAUUUAAAUGUUAUAUUACCAGAAAUAUCCUAUUAAAUUUAAAUAUUUAAUACAUUGUGAUUCAGAUUAAUAAGUUAUUGUAAUUGUUGUAAUUAGUAGAAAUUUUAUAUUGUCAUUAUGUGUAUGCUCUAAUUUUAAGUUAUACUUGAAGUUCCUUUUUUGAAAACCAUUUAAAAAAUAGAUGUCAGCUUACUAUAUUGCUAUUUUCACUAAAAAAAACCACAACUUUUCAGUCUUGGCACUUUACGAUCAAAACGACCAAUGACUGUUGAUGCAGAGGCUAGGCUGGUAGAAAUUUUAAGACGAAUGCAACAGCACUACAAUGUCAGGGGCAUUAAUUUGCGCACCCAGUAUGAGGAUUUUGACAAACAUCAUAAAGGUGUAAUCACAGAAAGUCAGGUAUAAUUUUACACCUAUACAUGAAUCCUUACAUAAUAUUUGUGGGCCAUAUCUUUUUUACAGUUUGUUCAGCCUAACAGAACAUGCAUUUCUAGAAGGCAUGUCUGUUUUGAAAAUUAAGCAUUCAUUUUAUAUUAAACAUUUGACAAAAAAUAUUUUUAUUAUAUAAUUUGAAGUAAACUAACUGACAUUUGUAAGCUUUUUACAUAAAAAGAAUAAAUGUCUCUUUUGUCAACUAAUAAAAGAUCAAAUGGAUUAUCUUUCACCCUCACACAAAAAUAAAUUUGAUGGAUUUAGAAAUCGAAGUGUGUUAUUAGAGUAGAUCAGUGGUUUUUUACUAUCGCCCCCUUGGCACCAUAAACUUAUCCCUAGUGUCCUACUGUCAAAAUUAAUUUAUUCAGGACAGUAGUUACUGCUAAUCUGUGAGGAAGAUAGCAACACAAUAAAAUUAUUAGUGUUAAAUGUAUUAGAAGUUUUAUUUCAAAUAUUAUUAUUAUUUACUUUAAUCCAAAAAUAACACAGCUUUUGAAAAUAGGAUUGUGAUUAAGUUCAGAGCAGUAUGUCACCAGACAGAGGAUGUUAUUGCCUGAGCAGGUUUCCACCACAAUAGGGUGCCACCAGACAAUCAGGUUAUCACCUCAACAGGUUGUCACAAGAAAUUGGGUCUUAAGAGAAAGAGCAGGGUACCAUCAGAGUAGAUUGCAAACAGGGGGUCACCAGAACAGGCACUCUCAGGGAGGGCCAUGGGGUAGUCUGAAAAGGAGGAAGAUGGCAUCAUGGGUUUGCAGCACUGAGUAAUACAAGCUGUAAUGAUGCAACAUAUUGUAACAUUAACUUCCCUUUUCUCUUUUAGGUCUGAUGGGCCAAUAUUGCCAAUGAACAUAGUUAAUUUAGACAUUCAUUCACUUUUAAUAACAUUAAAACAAAUGUAAAUUAAUUUCAUUGAGAUCUGCAUAUAUUUAUGGGAAUAAAUAAGUCAUUUCUGAUGGUUUUUGUGUCAUCACUGAGAGAUGAAUUUUAAAUAAAUUCAACAGUGUUAAAUAGCUUCUAAAAGUUACUUAUACACACACACUGGGUGAAAUUCAAUACAAUUUCAUUUUUUAUUCACCAGAAGUUGGCAUAAAUAAAACUAUAAAAAGUAAUGAUAUUAGAUACUAUUUAAAGUAUGAAUAAAACCAUGGUGACAACCCUUCCUUGAUGGUGAACUUUUCUGUAAUUUAUAAGUAGUCUAACUUAUGCAAAGUGGCACUACUCUCCCUUAAAAAAAUUAUGUUUUUUUUUACUUCUGAACAAGAAUUUUUAAAAAUUCAUGAAAAUGACAUUAAAUUAAAUAAUACUAGCUUGUUUCCUGAAUUAACCCACUGCUGCCCCUAGCAACCCCCUUAAAAUGAAUGACCACUUUACCAUCCCUGGGACAUCUCACCACCCUGGGGGCUGGCAUGCCUACUUUGAGCACCACUGGUGUAGAUUCAUGAACAAGUUUUAAAGAUAUUUAAUGGAUCCCAUUCAUUUAAGCUAGCAUUUACUCACAUAUGAUAUGAGUCUAACUAGGUUAUGUUUUAAUUUUUUUGCAUGUAGGAAAUGUUAUUGUAAACUAAUUUAGUCAGUGAACUUAAGAUGAGAACAAUGAAAUUCCCAAUAGAAUAUUGCUUAAUUUUAUGACGUAUAUACAUUUCAAACUGUAUCAAUAGUUUUGCACUAUAUUUAUAAUAAGUUUAAAAAAAUGAAACUCUAGAAUCAUUAUUUAAAAAAUCAGUUACUUUCAUUUUUGGUUGGGGUGGGGUGGGGGGGGGGUGUUGAUGAUUGAAUUAGUUUAAAUGAUGGCUUAUAAAAUGUGUGAUUUUUUAAAAUCUCAGGCAAUUGAAAAGAAGAAGCCUGUAUGUCAUCAAAGUAAUUCAGGCUUUGAAAUUAAGAGAAUAUAAACUAAUUUAAAUAGCUUUUACAUUUAUUACAAAUAGAUAGCAACAAAACAAAAAAUAUGUAAAAUACACAAAAACAAAUUCUUUACAAAUUUUAACAUAAUUUGGAAAAAUUGAGCAUUAUUCAUAUUAAUGCAUGAAGUAGAAUGUCCUUAUGCAGCUCUUUAAGACAUUUUUUUACUCAAUUUGUCAUUUUAGUUUUAUCGCAGUUUUCCUGGUCCAAUUGAUGUGAGUGAGGAAGACAUGAAGACUUUAGUGGAGAAAUAUAAUGAUCCUAAUACACCAGGUUUAGUGAACUACCUUAACCUUCACCAUGAUGUUCAGGCAGUGCACAAAUAUGUCCAACAGGAGAAUGUUCCUAAACAUCCAGCUAAUGAGAGAAAUGUUGACUUUGUGCCACUAUUUGUAAGAACAUUAACCUAUUAGUUAUGAUCUAAAUUUAAACUAUGAUUAUAUUUAAUUUAAUUUACUGUGGUCUAAUUGGAUUAAAUUAUUAUGAAGGUGUUGUGACCUUUUCUUUUAAGGAAGUUCUAAGUGUCGAAUGUUAUAAUUGUCUUUCUUAUUUCUAGCACCGUUGUCUAACUUCACUACAACACAGCCAUGUUUGGUCCACACUCAAGAGCAAUAACAAUAUUCAAUGAAAGUAGUUAUAACAGUUCUUAAUUUACAGGAUCCUGAUGCCAGUUCGCAAAACAUUCUCCAUUAACUCCUCACUACAAUGACUACUUAUACCAAGAAUACUCUCAUAUCACUGACUAACCUGCACCUUCUCUCACUACAAUGAUAACUCUACAUAGUUAACAACAAGAACUUCUUCUUCUAUAUAUUAAGUAAGGGCACACAAUCAAUUUAUUGAUAAUUUUGAUUCCUAUGCAUGUAGAGGGGAUUUGCAAUGUUUCUGUGCCUGGUGUUGAUGAGGAUAAUUCACUGGUUGCAAGGGCUACAUUGGGAGGGUAUCAUGCUCUGGGGGUUGGGAGGCCUGAGGUAAUAGAUGCAAAUGUGUCAAGUGUUGUGGCCUCAACUGUUCCUUUUGAAAGCGUGUUCCAGUCCCUCAUUGUCUUAGGCAGGAAUGAGCAGUUCCUAUACUGGCUUCUUGCUGGUAUGAGCCAGAACUGCCUGUCAUGGCCUCGUCGCUGUUUAUGGGGGAGAGGGACGAGUUUCUGUUUAAUGCUGGAGCAGUGGACCAGCCCAUUCUUUAUCUUGUACAUUAUGGUGAGCCUGGAUAGUUUUCAUUGUUCCUCCAAUGGUGACUAGCCUUGUGUUUCCAGCAUGCUGCUUACACUAGAGGUAUUCCUGUAGCGGUUCAGGAAAAAGCAUGCUGCCCAUCACUGGACAGCCUCCAAUCUGUCGAUGCUCUUCUGGAUAAAUGGGUCCCCGACUGAAGAUGCAUAAUCUAAAAAUGGAUGGACAAAGGCUUUAUCUUUCUUUCACACUGGAGUUGCCCAUCUUUAGAUUACGCCUUAAGAACCCCAGGAUCUUGUUUGCCUGGUUACACACAUUGUUUAUAUGCUUAUCCCAGGGGACCUCUGUUUGAUUGGUAAAACCCAGGUACUUUACGGAGGAAACUGGCUCAAGUAUAUGGCCAUGCAGUUCGUAUUGGUAGUGUAGAGUAGUACAACUUCCAGAGACUGACUAGCAGUGUCUGGCACUUGGCAAGAUGAAAUUCCAUGUCCCAGCUCAUCUCCCACUCAGCUAACCGAUUGAGAUCCUGAUAUAGCUGGUCCUGGUCAGAUCUGUUGGCGAUUGUCCUGUACACUGCGGUGUCAUCUGCAAACAGUCUUGCUUGGAAUAUCAGUUUCUAGGGAAGGUCAUUAAAGUAUGCUAGGAACAAACAGGGACCUAGCACUGAUCCCUGGGGGACCCCUGACUUAGCACCGACAAAGGAGGAGCGUGUACCGUCCACCACUACUGCCUGGCAUCGGUUGCUGAGGAAGCUAGAUAUCCAUGUUUUAGUAGAACUCCACAAACUAACUCCACGAAAUGACCUUGUGUCACCCAACCAAUCACAACUUGCCCCCACAAAACCUCUCACUAUCUCAUGAUCAGCAACUUUCAGAAACAAACAAUCAGGUUCCCAAAUUGAGUUCAUAACAGAAGGAACUGUUUUGUAAAAGUUUUUAAACAGUUCCUUCUGUUAGAUAGAGUGCUUGAAAUAUUUAUCUUGUAAAAGUUUUUAGAUACAUAUUUCAAGCACUCUAUCAACUCAUGUUUAACAAUUUAAAAUUGCCUUUCAUUCUUCAUUCCCAUUAUUAAUUCACAGAGCAAAGAGAAAUAGAUAGUUUAAAAAUUUGUAGAGCUAUUAAAUUAUUCAUUUCCAUAUGUCAAAACUACCUAAUUAUAAUUUUGGCUAUAAUUAUACUUUUCCAAUUAAAAUUUGCAAUGUACAAUUAAGAAAACCAAAAUGACACACAUAUUUACCAUUUUAGCCAUCAUCAGAUCCAACACUAGCAGAAAUACUAGACAAAGUCAGAGUGGCUGUUUUUAAAAAUGGAAUCCGCACCAUUGAAUUUUUUAAAGACCAUGAUAAACUUCGAAGUGGUGUUAUAACAGAAAACCAAUUUGUUUGUGGUCUUGCCCUGGCUUGUGGCAAAGAAGCACAACUAUCUCGGCAAGAGAUUCAGAAAGUGGUGGAGUACUAUCGUCUGCCAGAUGGAAGGAUUUUGUACAAGCAAUUUAGUGAGGCCAUGGAAAAUGGUAAGGAAAGAUCCCUUUUUUAAUGUUAAUAUUGAUAAUCUUUAACCUCAGUAAUUUUGUAAUUGAAUUUUGAGAUGACUUUCUACAUUUUUUGUCACAGCAUUCAACAUUCCUAAUCUUGAGAAAAAACCCACAGAAACUAUAGAAAGGCCUGCAAGAGGAACUUUGUUCAGAGUGAGUAAAAUUUUAUUUGCAUAUAAAUACUCUAUUCUCAGGUCUCCUCAAUAUCAUGACCAUCUAAAAUCAGAGAUUUUUAAUGAAUUGUAUUCAAAAUUCUAUCAUUGGCUCUGCGUAAUUGAUACUUGACAAUUAAAGACAUGCGACUUAGCAUUUGAAAACUGAAUUAAUAUAUCUACCUAGUGAACAAAAGACCCCAGCCCCACAUCCAAAACACUUAACUUUAGUUUUGAUCUAACUGCAAAAAUCAAGAAACUGACAUCGUCAAUUUUAAAACAAUUUAUUUGAAAUUUUGAAAAAAGAAUUGUGAAACUGAAAUGUUGUCCUUUGGAAUUUUUUGUCAAUAAAAAUGUCACUGUGUAAAUUGUUUAUAAUAUAAUGUUUAACAGAGCACAAUUUAUCUUUAAAGGGUCUCAAACCCCUAAUUGAAGAGGAUGAGUUGAAAAUUAUGGACAUACUAAACACCAUUGCUGACAAGGUCACAAAGGAGAGGAUCAUGCUUUACCAGUAUUUUAAAGACUUUGACCGGGUAUAAUUCAAAUUGUAUCUUUUUCUUUUAUAUAUAAAAAAAAGAUAUGUAAUUACUAAAUAUUUAAUGAGAAUCAAAAGUUAAUCAUCCUUCUAUCAAUUGAAAUGUUUUAUUCGUUAAGGUGAACUGCUGAGAGCUUUAAACAUUUUACUUGUUUAUUUUUUAAAUUGUCCAUUUGUAAAGGAAAUUCCAUAUGUAAAUAAAAAAAAUACAAACUUAAUACAGCUGAAGGACUGAUAUGUUACUAACAGGUUUAUAUUAUGUAACUCUCAUAAGCAUCCUAACUCGAUCAUCUUCAAUAAGAAAUAAUAUAUUUACCAAAGCAAAACAGGCUGUGUUGUUUGUGUUAAAAUUGAAUAUUUUGUUUUUUUACUUAUACAUGAUCAGUUGUAUUAAUUUAUUGAGUAAAAUAUUUGACUUUACUGUUGUUUUAGUCGACAGCAUACACAAGAGUGGUUACCCCUUCUCAGUUUGCAAGAAUUUUGCACUUCGUUGGCCUAGAUUUGAAUCCAGUAGAUCUUAAUCUCAUACUGAACAAAUUCCAGGACCCAACCAGUGGGGAUGUGAACUACCCUGCAUUUGUUCAAGCUGUUGACAAGCGUAAGCCAAAUUUCUCCAAUACCUAGUACUAGCCUGACCAACAAACAUAAAGUGGAAUAAAAAAAAAAAAUAACAUUAACUUGAAGGUUUAUUUAUGACUCUUUCUUAAUAGAAUUUUUCUAAAGCUUAUAUAUCAAUCAAGUGAAUAAAUACAAAUAAUGCUCUUGCAAAAUGUAUUAUAAAAUUAAAUGAAAGCUUUGAUUCUUUUAUUGUGUAGAAUUUGUAGCCACUACCAUUGAGGAAGUUGAACCACCCAAUAUUGGGCCAGACAGGACUGUUCCUCCAGCUCUCCAAGAAAAAAAGUGGAUUGAGAGUCCACCAGUCACUUUCAAAGAGCUCAUGGCAAGAAUUCGCCACAUUGCACUGACCUAUAGGCUACGUGUAUGUAUUGAAAUGAGAUUGAUGUUAAUACAUUAGCCUAGCAGCAUUGAAAGCAAUACUUUUUUUUUUAAAUUCUGAAUUUUAAAUUUUAUUUCUUUGAAAGUACUUCUGGAAGUAUUUUUGUUAAAAUUUUAAAUAUUCUUAGAGUAUAAACAAGGCAUAAUUUGUUAGGUUAUACAAUAAAAGCUGCAUUAACAAUUUUCAAAGUAUUUUUCUUUACAGAAUAAUAUAUUUAUUUUUCUGUUGUUUUGAAUUGUUUUAGCUGUAGAAGAUCAGGUGGUUAUCUUUUUGAAGUAAAGCUUUUAAACCACCCUUGUUAUCUUCAGGCAAAUGAAUAUUUUCAAGACUAUGAUCCAUUACGAACGGGUUCCAUCACUAUUCCUCAAUUCAGACGGGGACUAGCAUCUAUGGGUUUCAGCAAGUUAGGUCAACAUGACCUGAAUGAUAAUCAGUUUGAAAUGCUUGCUGAGCAUUAUGCCAACCCAGCAAAACCAGAUCAAGUGAUCUGGACAAACUUUAUGUCCGAUGUCGAAAGUGGUUAGUACAAUAUGCUUGAAUGAGGAAACAUGGAUGUGCUUCCAGAAUGUUAGCCUUAAACCUUCUAGGCAUAGAAAAUAAGAUAAUAAAUAGUGAUAUUUAGCUUCUAUUGCCGAUGAUUACAUUUAAGAUUUAUUUUUUAUCAAGUUUUCACACAAGCAGGCUUGGAGUUAACUCCAUCAGCCACUGUACCUCGCCAGGAAUAUUUCCGUGUUCCUAAACCUGGAACUAUUGACUGGGAGAAUGCCACAAAGGAUCACAUUGACAUUUUUAAUGCAACUAUGGACCGUAUCAGGAAGAGGGUGGAACACAGAAGAGUUUUAUGUGAACCAGUAUUUCGGGAUUUUGACAGGUGAAAUUAUAAGAGAUCUAAUGAAAUGAAUAUUGGUUUAGAGAGAAAGCUCCAAACUUUUUUGUAAGAACCCUUCAAGAAUUCAGUAAUUUAAGGAUUAAAUAUUGUGUCAAUCAUUUCAAAUAAGUAAUGGGGCCAAAGAAGCUGAAAAUUAGGUCUUAUAUAAUGUAUUUCCAAGCAGAAUGUUUUGCAUAUUUUGAUUGCAAUUAAUUAAUUUUAUAUUAUAUCUUUUCCAAAUUACACAUUGCAAAAAAGAAUGAAAAGAAAAAGAAAGCUUUAUUAAUUGCAGACAUAAUAUUGGGCACAUCAGCCGCACACAAUUCCGACAGUGUUUGACUAUGCUGGAAAUCCCGUUAGAGGAGUCUGAAAUGCAGUCUCUUGAAGCUUUGUACAGCAAUGAUUAUGGUGUGGACUACAGAAAGUUUUUAAAAGACCUGCUGCCCUGUGAACCUGUUCCAUUCAUGUACAUCAAACGCAUGGAAGAGAUCAGACUUGCGAAUGCCAGAAAAGCUUUGCCUGAGCAGCGGGCUGUCACAGACCUGGAGAGUGUUUUCCUAAAGAUCAAAACAAAAGUAAUAACAUAUAAUGAUACAUUUAGGUUUUAAAUUUUUUUUUAGCCAAAUAAAAAUUAAAUUGACUUUUAUUAUCACUCUCUAACCUAAACAACACAAGACGAAAGCACAAGACUUCCAACAUGGUUUGAAGAAAAGCCAACAAAAUAUCAAUUGUUUCCAAAUCAGCCAAGAAAUAUCUUCUUUUUUUUUUUUUGGUUCUCAAUCGAUAACAAGGUGUUAAAAUUCUAUAUGAAUAUCAUAAUUUAAUUGUUGCUUACUUAUCUAUUUGAAAAGACCCCUGACAUAUUCCCAAAUAGAUUUUAAAUUUAUUUAAUACCUGUAUACAUUGUUUUAUUAAAAAGAGGAUUGAAUGAUAUUUAAAAUAGUUUUAUUUGCAUUGAAUUCCAUUACAGCUACAUAACAUUAAUUUUUAUAAUUGACAGGUUUGUAAGCAGAGGGUCCGUGUUCAUGAGUUUAUGAAAGACUAUGACAAGCUGCAUUCUGGUCGCAUGCUCAAGACUUCAUUCAGAAGAGCCCUAAAUUUGGCAAGAUUAGAUCUACUGGAGUCUGAAAUUGCAAUGUUGGAAGACAAGUUAGUUAUUUUUGUCUCAUUCAUAUUCCAUUAUCAUUAAAAAUUAAAACAGAUUUUCUUUACAAUUUUUAGUUCAAAGAAAGAAGCUAUUUUAGUUCUUAUAACUUUCUAUGUUAAUUUAUGUCUAUGGAUUAUUUAUUCAUUUAUUGUGAUAAAGAAAAUGUACAGGGUUAGUCAUAAUUAUAUAAAGCUUUUAAUAACAAAUGUGAAACACAAUCAUUCCAUUUAAGUCAAAAUACUGAAGAAAAACCCCCCCACUAAAAUAUAAAAAGGGGACUUUUACAGUAUACUUUGUAUAUUUAUUUGUGCGGAACCUUAAUCAAUCAAUAAAAUGUAUAGUUUUCAAUUCACAUACAUAAUAUGAAAUAUUUCUUGACUGCACUCCAACAUUUAUCAACCUAAAUUUAUCUAAAUCAGCACCAUUAGAGAUUUUAUUCCCAUGGAAAGAGUUAUAAACAUUCCGGAUUUUCAUUUCAAUUGCUAUUUGGCUUCCAAUUUAUUAAUAUCAUAAAAAGCUGCCAAGUUGACCCUGCAACCACUAAAUAUUUAUGGGGCCCAAAGUCGUGAUGUGGAAAAAAUUAAUCAUAUUCACGGGGCCCAAGUUGAAAUGUGGAAAAAAAUUAAACAUAUUUAUGGGGCCCAAAGUUGUGAUGGGGAUAAAAAUAAACUAUCAACUUUGAAUACAGGUGGCCAAAAGUCAGGAAGGCCUCCGAAGUCAUGCAAUGGUUCUGAUAUCAUGUCACUUAGUUAUAAAAUCAAAUGACACAUUAAGGUUCUAAUUCUUUUAAAUUAAAUUUCUUCUUGCAUGUUUUUUUUCUUUUUAAAGUUAAUUUUGAAGACACUUAAUUUAAGGAAAUCAACAUCCCCAACUUGAUGUACAUGUUUGAUGAUAUGUUUUGAUUGUGGAAAUAAUAAUUUGAAAUAAUAACUGGUUGUAACAUUUUAUUAUUAUCAUAUUUAUAAGAGAUUUUUAAAAAGUUUCUUGAUUUACUCCAGAAAGGAUUCAAAUAUUUUAAUAUUUUUCUUGUUUUAAUUUGGUUCUCACCCAAUACAUACAAUAAUUGCAGGUAUCAAUCAGGGCAGGAUGUUGACUAUGUAGACUAUCUUAGAUUCUGUCAGGAAAUUGAAUCAAUUUUCACAAAAGAUAACCUUGAGAAAACUCCAUUGGAAGAAGUUGAACAGUUUAAGCCAGAUGAGGAGUGGAAAGUAGGUGAAUUAACAGAGCAAGAAGGAGAGAUAACUUCUAAAUGUUUGCUGCGCCUUGCUGAGAAGGUGAGAUCUUAAAUUUAAGUAAUAACAUAAAUAAUGGUUUCUUAAGGGCCAGCAAUAAGUUAAUAUCUUUCACCAAGGGAUGCUGGCAGAGAAGUGUUUAUUAAUGGCAUAUUACAUGCUCUGUAAAUUAUGCUGGAACUUUUAAGGUAUUGGUGCACACGUAUAGACAUGAUGAAAGUUGAUUAAUAAAGUUAGUGGGAGCUGCAGGUGUGCUUAGCAUUUACAACUUUGGUGUUGUUGCUGUUUCAAACAAAAUGAGGAUGAAAAAGAAGAAAUUUUGUUUAAGGAACAAAAUUAUUUCAUCAUUUGGACCAACUUUCCUUUGUAUGACAUAUUAUUUAGAGCAGGCCUGCACAACUCAAAAUGUAGAGCGGGCCUUAAUACAUUAUGAAAAACUUAUGCGGGCCAAAAGAAAUUAGAAUAGGACUUGUGCGGGAAGCUAUUAAGGAAAUAAUAUAAAGAGCUUUUUGUUACCUCAUGGGCCACAAAGUGGGUGCUGGAGGGCCACAUGCGGCCCGCUGGCCGUAUGUUGUGCAGGCCUGAUUUAGAGCAUCUGUCAUUAUUUGAUUCAAAUUUUUUUAAUUUGGUACCACCAUCCUUGUUCAUGCCAACUGUCAUUGUUAGGUGCCCACUGUCAUUUCGUGGUGCCAUUAAUCAUUAUUUGGUCCCAAAAAUCAUUAUUUGGUAGCACCUGUCAAUGUUUGGAACAAAAUUUCAUUUCUUAGUGCCACUAAACAUUAUUUGGUACAAUCUGUCAUUACUUGCUACCGUCUGUCAUUUUUUAGUGAUAAUUGUUAUUUUUUAAUGCCUCCUCUCAUUAUUUCAUUACAAUGUCAUUAUUUCAUGCAUCCUGUCAAUACUUUGUCACACCUGACAUUUUUUUCAUUUAACAUGUCAAUUCUUGGGGCCAUUUGUAAUCAUUUGAAGUAACCUGUUGUUAUUUUCUUGAUUUCUCACUUCAGAUGAAAUAUUUUUUUGGAGCUUGGUCACAUAUCAACAUAUUAGCUACAUAUUUUACAAACAUCUCUAUAGAAAUUUGUUCAUUUUUGUCUUUGAAUCAGGUGUAUAAAAACCGCAUGCAACUCUAUCCCCUAUUCGAAGACUAUGAUCGAGUCCACAAUGGCGCAGUCUCCCAAUCACAAUUUCGACGAGUACUGAUGGAAUUAGAACUUGCACCUCUUGCUAAUGAUACAGACAUACAACUGAUAUGCAAGAAAUAUCAAGUCCAGAUUGGUGGACGUGCUGAUGUAAACUACAUUGCCUUCUGUCAAACUGUCUAUCAACUUGCAGGAUUUGAUAUUAACAAACCUUGAGAGAAUGAAUCUUAAAUUAUUUUUCAAAUGAUUUAAUGAAACUGGAAUAUUUUGGAGCUGUGUAAGCUUUUUUGAGAAUGCAAUUAACUUUAAUAUUAAUUAAGACUCUUACUUUAUAUAAAUUUAAUUAGAAGAAUUAUUUUUUAACUGUUCCUUUUUCCUUCUGAAAAGAUAUUGAUAAGGCAUUGAAAAAAUACCUGGAUCCCAAACAUUUAUAAGAAAAAUUAAUUAUUUGCUGCAGUAAUCUUUUAAUCACAGAAUGUCUACUUUACUUAUUUUAAUCAUAUUUUGAGAAACAUAAAUUAUAAAAAAAAUACAAUCAUUUUGUUUCUUUCUCUUUUAAAUUACUAAAAAGGUAAGCUUUUUUAAAAAUCUUCACAUUCAUUAAUCUUACAAUAAUUUGUUUGCCAGCUGAAUUUAUACAUUAAAAAAACCAACAGAAAUAUUAUCUUAAAAAUUUCAACAGAAAUAUUAUCUUAAAAUCUGGCUGUGUAACUUUAAAAAAAUGCAGAAAGGUUAUUUCAUGUUUUAAUGAGACGUCUUCAAUGCUGGCCACUUUUAUAUAACAACAGAAUACGUUAUGUAACAAUGUGAAAGCUUUAAUGCAUUUCACAAGAGCUAAAUCAUAGGCCUAUAAUUGUGUGAUAUUUGCUUAGCAAAUUUUUGUUUUGAGAUGCUUAUUUUAACACAAGUUUUGAUUUGGGUGUUACAGUGGUAAGUAUUUUUAUAUCCGAUGUUUUUCCAAAGUGAAAAUUACAUUUGUAUUUGCUGUAUAUAUUUUUUUCUAAAGAUGCAAUAAGUUUUUGAAAUAUUCACUGCUAAGAUAUUUCGAAAAUAGAUGAAGAUUUAAAAAUUUAGAAAGUGAACUGGAGUAAGGUGAAGUAAUAUCAGUGACAUGACUGCAGCCAAUCAACGCUGAAAAAUGUAAAUGUACAGUAGACUUAAUUUUUAUAUUUUUCAGAAAUUAUUAUAGAAAUUAGACAUUGAUGAUGAAUUUCAAUAUUAUUCACACACACACAAAUAAGCUUUUUAAAAAUAUGUUAUCUUCAUAUGCUUUAAAUAUAUUUUGAUGAAAGUUAUAAUUCAGAUAUCAAAAACAAACAUAAUAGUGUCGUUCUAUCCUUGAUGCCGAAAUAAAUGACAUGUUUGUUUAAAGGGUCUUAUUGUGGUGAACUAAUAAUUUUUUUACAUGUUUUUUAUUAAAAUAUUUGGCUUUUAAAAUGAAAAACAAAAAAGUGAAAUAACUUUUUUCUUUUUAAAUAAUUUUUUUUUAUCAGUGUUUAAUAUUUAUUAAAUUGUUUUAUGUUCAGAUUUCUCAAAUUAAAUUAGUUUUUGACAAGGCUGAGACAUUUGGAAAGUAAUCCAUAGAUUAUGUUACAAGAUUACUUUUUAUUUUUGCAAGUAUUAUUUGUGUGUCAUUCCUACUGGGGUCAUAUACUGUUGAAACAGAUUUGUUUCCCCUGCUACUUGAGAUCAUUCUAGUGGUACUGAUCGAAUUAUUUUAUGUAUGUACAUAAGCAUUAACAUUUUCUUCUGGUGAAUAUUUAAUUUAGAUCAGGUCAGCAUUAUUUGGCUUCAUAUUUUUACUAUGACUGAAAUAGGCCUACAUGAUAAUAAAUGAUAUUUAAUAUUUGAGUCAUGCAUAGCAAUUAUAGUAUUAUAAUUCAAGUUUUAUCCUCAACCCACUCCCCUCCUCUACAUAUUGUGAUAAUGUACAUAUACGGCUUAUACGCCUCUAGCUCUAAUACUUUUUGUUGAGAUUUUUUGGUAAAUAAAUAGUCUUAAAUCUACUAUGAAAAUUGAUAUGCAUAAAAUAUUUUACACAAAAUAAAGUAUGUUUAACUAUCUU